CACCUGGACUCUAGGAUGAUGCUCAAGAUGGUCCGCUUCAAGGAUCCUCAUGUGGCAGAGGGGGUGAUUGACAACGCAGUAGAUAUGGACAGUCUGAACAGGAACCUGCCUGAGUGUGGACGGCAAACCCAUCAGGUGUUACAGAGCACGCCACUGGAUCUGUUUGAGAGUGGCAAGGGGCUGAAGGUCCAGGCAGAGCGCCCCCAUCUGGUCAGUCUGGGCAGUGGCCGUCUCAGUACGGCCAUCACACUGCUGCCCCUUCCUGAAGGCAGGACCACGUUGGGCCAUGGGGCGAUGGACAUCAGCAUCCAGGGCCCAGGAGUUGCCGCCCAGCACUGCUACAUAGAGAACCGGGCAGGGAUCAUCACUCUCCACCCCUGUGGGAACCAGUGUGCCACAGACGGGCUUCCUGUCACCAAACCGGUCCGCCUGUCACAAGGCUGUAUGCUGUGUUUUGGCCAGUCAGUAUUUUUCCGCUUCAACCACCCAGAGGAGGCGUUCAGGAUGAAGAGCAUGAUGCCAGGGGGAAGCAAGGGCUCCGGUGGGAACUACAGAAUCCACUCAGACUCAAAGAGCCUGGUCAAUGGGAACCAUCAAUCAGGAGCAUCCCAGUCGCACCACCCAGCCCCCGGUGAGAGAGUCCCACGCUCCGAGCAUAGUGCCAUCGUCAGCUCCAUCGAAAAGGACCUCCAGGACAUCAUGGACUCCCUAGUCAUGGAUGAUCCCCAGCCUUCCUCUUCAGACUCAAAAAAUCCAGACCACCCCAUCCCCCACUCCCCGCUGUCCCCCAUGGUCAACGGAGGAGGCCGCUACCUCCUCUCCCCUCCCACCAGCCCGGGGGCCAUGUCAGUGGGCUCUAGCUAUGAGAACACCUCCCCGCCCUUCUCCCCUCUGUCCUCUCCCUCGGCGGCCAGCAGCGCAGGCAGCUACACCAGCCCUUCUCCCAGCGGCUGCCUGGACCCCCAGGACCUAUCCCUGCCCCCCGUGCCAGUCCGCUCAUCCAGCUACAACUACACAACUACACCACCCAUCCCCCAGCCAAGGACCAUAAUGACAAACUACAGCCCCGGUGGUGGGGUGCAGAGGGUUCCUGAGAGCCCCAGGCUCCAGAGGAAAUGUCUCCUGGAGGCCCCCCAGAGCCCCAAGCCGGCCCGCAGAGGCCAGAGCCUGGACAGCCCAGGGGUGAUGGGUUCAGAGAGCCCCAGACUGACCCACCUAUCUGUUGCAUCAGCCGAUGCCGGGUACAUGGGCAGGAACGCAGUGCCAAGUAACCCCAGACUCACCUCCAAUUUCUCCUACGCCGCCACGUCUUCCUCCCCAUCCAGUCCCAGGACGAAAGCGGGCAACAUCCUCCAGGAGCGUCCGGCCAGCCCCUUCAGAGAGCAGGUGGACCGCUCCCUCACCUCCAGCGCUUCCAGACAGCUGCUAUCCCAGCCCAGCAGGGCCUUCCAGCCUCCCCUGGACCCCAUCGUCCACAUAAUCCAGGGGGGCUCUCCACUCCAGCAGCACCACCCCUUUCCCCACCCUCUCACGCUGCAGCCACCAAAGAGCCCUCGGCUCUCCCACAGGAACCUCGACCUCAGCGGCGGUGGUGGCAGCAGCAUGAGGGAGCUCCCCCCUCUCAGCCCCUCCAUGGCUCGCAGAGGUGUGCCUGUUCUCCCGGGGGCUCUGCCUGGAAGUAUCCCCAUGUUGAGAACGCCCGAGAGCCCAUCAUCAUUGGGGAAGCUGGGAGUCCCGGAGAGCCCCGGGCUCCGACGCAAGGCCGGCUCCCCCCCGGAGGACCAGUUUGGCGGUAGUGUGGUCCGAGCCCGCAGCCCCUCCCCUACCUUGGGGCUGAUGAUGAUGGAGAGCGGGGGAGGGGGAAGGAAGGCCAGCUUUGGGAACGCCCUCUCCCCUGCUUACAGCCUGGGCUCCCUACCUGGCUCUUCGCCUCUCGCCAGCCCUAGGGGCCAUAGGAAGAUGUCCGGGGGCCCCCGGGAUCAGAGGGGCCCCCACCCGGGCAUGCGGGAACGGAAAAACAGCAUCUCUGAGAUCAGCGACAACGAGGACGAGCUGUUGGAGUACCACCGGCGCCAGAGAGAGGAGAGGCUCAGGGAGCAGGAGAUGGAGAGACUGGAGAGGCAGAGGCUAGAGACCAUCCUGAACCUGUGCGCUGAGUACAACAAGGGCGACGGGCCCUUUGGAGGCGAGACAGAGGGGAGGAUGGGCUUCCCUGGGGGCCUGGGACCGGGGGAGGGGGCGGCCAGGAGACCCUCUAUGGACAGCUUGGUGGGGGCCGGCUCGCUGCAUCGUAGCAUGGCCCAGAGACAGCAGAGGGAGAGCGAUGAGGAGAACCUCAAGGAGGAGUGCAGCAGUACAGAGAGCACCCAUCAGGAGCAUGAGGAGCAGUCUGUUUCUGGCGGCGUGGAGCGGACAGAGCUGGGUUACCUGGAGGACGAGAGGGUCAGAGUGCUGGCCCGAGUUGACGAGCUCAAAUCACAAAUCACAGAGCUGGAGCAACAGCUACAGGAGUCCAAGCAGGAGGCAGAGAUGGAGCGGGCCCUGCUGCAGGGGGAGAGGCAGGCAGAACUGGACCAGGUAGAGGCAGAGACGGAGAUCAUCGGACAGCUGCAACACAAGCUCAACGAGCUGGAGAAUGCCAUCCAGAGGGAGAAAGACAAGGAGGGAGAAACCCUGGAGUCAGAGACAAAACAGUUUGAGGACCUGGAGUUCCAGCAGCUGGAGAGAGAAAGCAGCCUGGAGGAGGAGAGGGAGACCAUCAGCCAGCAGCUGCUGCAGGAGAGGGCCGAGUACCACACCAGCGUGGCCAAGAGGAAGGACAAGGUGGCAGCUCUGGAAGGCCAGGCCAGUCAGCUGGGACAGCAGGCGUCUCAGGAGUGUGAUAGGCUGGCUAAGGACAGGAACCUUACCCUGCAGAUUCUCCAUAAGGAGAAAGAGAGGCUAUCGGCCUUAGAGAAGAGGUACCUCAGCCUUACCGGAGGAAGAUCUUUUCCUAAGUGUUCCAGCAACAUGAAAGAGGAGUACAUGAAGCUAUCUGAUGUCUAUGAGAAGUUUGGGAGUGAUUGCCAUGACACCCAACUCACCACCUCUGCUCAGCACGGCCUCUCGCUCACCCUAGAUGCAGCUGUACCCUGCGAGGAGUACGUGACUGUGGGCCAGUUAACUCAGUUCUUUGGGAUGCCGAAGGUCGAGUCCUCCCCUACCUCUCCUCUCCGGCCCCUCCAGUCAGGAGCUGGAGACCCCGCCUUCUCCUGCCUCUCCUUUCGUCACGGCUCCUCCCCCCCUCUCUCUGUUGAGUAUCAGCCUGAGUGCAGUAGGCCUCAAAUCCCCACUCUCGAUUUAGAGCAGUGGUACCAGGAGGUGAUGGCUGCUGUGGAGAGCAGCCAACACUGCCCCCCUCCCCCUCUCCCAGCUAAACCUCUCUCCACUCGCAGGCCUAUGCAGGUGUUCCGUUCCAAGCUGGACAGUGAUGCUGGACAGACGGUACAUCAACCCAAAGCAGGCUCCGGAUCCCAUCUGCAGUACGUAGCCACUACACUGGGACGCAACACGACCUCCAAGAGCCCACUGAUGGUUCCCAACAGUACAGGCAGUUUGCCACGGAACUUGGCUGCCACCAUGCAGGACAUAGAGACCAAGAGAGCGCUAGCCUUACAGCAGAAAGAGUUCUCCUUGCCUUCCACGUCUGAGUCUCCCUGCUCCACCAUGGACAAUCCCACAGACAGACAGAUAGACAGACAGACCACUCAACCUGGGAGUGGGUUUGGUCUCGUGUUCAACUCAUAUAAACUCUCCCUUCUUCUCCAUGUUCUUGUCUGUCUCCAUCCUCCUGCUGAGAAUCAACAAUGCAUGCAUUUGGUGGAAGCAGUGCUUUUCAUCUGUCGGGGCCACCUUUUGUUCCCCUUACAUAUAUGUUGUAUGUUUGAUGUAUGUGUGGGGCCUGGUUUCAUCUGUCGCAUGGACACCAGCGUCUCCACAGGCAACAACUCGGCCUGCUCCCCCGACAACAUGUCCAGUGCCAGUGGGAUGGAUGCGCUGAAGAUCGAGGAGAUGGAGAAGAUGCUGAAGGAAGCCCACCUAGAGAAGGCCAGGCUCAUAGAAUCCAGAGAGCGAGAGAGCCAUGCCCGUAGGCAGAUGCUGGAGGAGGAGAGGAGGCGGCGCGAGGAGGCUGAGAAGAGGCUGCAGGAUGAGACGGUGCACAGGCAGCAGCUGGUGGACAAGGAGGUGAAGAUGAGGAGCAAGAACUUCUCCCAGGCCCGUCCUAUGACUCGUUACCUGCCCAUCCGCAAGGAGGAGUUUGACCUGCGCUCCCACAUCGAGUCAUCCGGCCACAACGUGGAGACCUCUUACCACGUGAUCCUCACAGACAAGAUGUGUAAGGGUUACCUGGUCAAGAUGGGCGGCAAGAUCAAGUCGUGGAAGAAACGCUGGUUUGUCUUCGACCGCCUCAAAAGGACCUUCUCCUAUUACGUUGACAAGCACGAGACCAAACUGAAAGGAGUCAUUUAUUUCCAGGCCAUUGAAGAGGUUUAUUACGAUCACCUGCGUAGCGCCACGAAGAGCCCCAAUCCCUCGUUGACCUUCUGUGUGAAGACUCACGACAGACUCUACUACAUGGUGGCCUCUGCCCCGGAGGCCAUGAGGAUAUGGAUGGAUGUUAUAGUAACUGGAGCAGAGGGCUACACGCAGUUCAUGAACUAAGAGACUUGUGUACGGUGGCCUAGCAGUGAAACGAUCAUAAGGAGACUGCUGGGACACACUUCAAUAGACUCAGGCCUUAUCCCUCCCAGUAUUGGGAAAUUGCCUUUUACGUUCAUUGUAUCUAUUUUUUAAAUCACUUUACAAUAGACGUUUUCUACUUCUGCCCGCAGAUUGAAAAAGACACUGUAUAUAACCAAUGUCAGACUUUCCGCUCAAAAGCCUUUAUUUUUGCCAAAUUGAGUGUUACAGGCUCUUGCUUGUGAGACCUACUUUGUGUAUCAGUGUCUAAUAGUUCCCUUUCUUUCCUUACACUGGAAUAGUGGAGAAUAAACCUAAUUGAAACCAGUGAGGAAGACGAACUGUUGAGCCAUCGGCUUACUGCUGAACUAGAUUCCACUAAUGUUGCCAAGUCCUGAUGACAGCCAUUCCACUGAGACCAAACAGUACAAUAAUGCUAAUCAGUCUGUGCCUUGAGGUCAUAAUCCUAGUCGGUUAUUGUCACUGAACAGUUCCAGCCCCCCUGUAGAUCUGAUUGGAUAGGUGGUAAUGUCAUGAUCUGGUAGCUUGACGUUUUAAAGGAUGCUGAAUGCGUUUAGGUUUAUAGUACCUCAGGCAGGUUAACCAUGUCACUCAAGUGUGAGAAAAGACCGUGAUAUAUUUUCCCCACACCGUAAUGGGUAUAACUAAAUGUUCAGUGUUAGAAAAAGGUUUUAUACUGUAAAAUGUCACUCAUUCAACCAGUGUCGUACAAAAAUACAUUUCAAAAGAAGUCUAAUGGCCAAAGACACUGUAGAACAUAGCUCCCAUCUGAAACACCAUAUGUUGACUGUACACUUUCAUGUAUGGAUUCUCAAUUCAGAUCUAUUAAACCAGACUCUGUAACAUUUGUUUUUAA